CACAUGUGGGUACAACUGUCCCUAUUAAAGUCGAAAAAAAAGCUGCCUCGACCGUGGCUAAAGGUGCCUCGACUGUAGUACCUGAUGCGGCACAUGUUGCUACGGAGUCGCCAGUUCCAGCACCUGCUCCAAGCGAAUCCGCUGCGCUAAUUAUAAGCGAAUCCGCUCCAUCGAACGAUCCAUCUAAACUUCUAGAACAAUCCAUUUAUCCAGUGGUUGCCACUGCUCCUGCACCUGUGCUGUUCCCGCAGCCUGCCGCUCUGCCUGCUGCUGCUCGCGAGGAGACAGUUUAUGUCUUACGAGCGAACCACUUUGGAGGCCUCGGAUGGAUGACCUCGCGUAGGGUAUUCUACUUAAGGCCAGUCAAUCAUAUUUAUCUGUGGUGGGCUAUGGCAAUGGCUAUGCUGGGUGGAUUCUCGUUGUACUAAAUAAUUCAAGGGGAGCAACAAGCUGUUAGGGGAAGAACGGAGGCACUCCACGCAACCACGGAUAGCGAUUGCUUAGCGUUAAUCUACGAGUACUUUGUUCCGUAUAUG